AAAAAAAAUAAAAUAAUAAACUGGGUAAUAAAUUAAAGGAUUUGUUUAACCACAAAAACAAACAAAAAACACACAAAGGGUGUUUAUUAUUUUGUUCCUCUGAAUCUCACUCAAGUUGUUGCGUAAGGCUUUACCAGCAACAUUCAACGAAAAAGGUGCCAGAAAUAAACAGCGAAAAUUCCUUUAGAGAAUCUGCAGUCAAUAGUGAAUAAAGAAAUGGCAUCGUCGUUAAUUCAUACCCAUUACAAAUUACAUACCUCAACUUUUGAGAGAGCAUACCCUAGAAGCCAUGGAUUACUGAAAUCUGGAAAACCGUUCCAAUCCCGAAGAUUCAAUUUUCCAAGUAUUCGCCUUAAUCAAUCCUUCAUAUGCUGCACAAAGUUAACUCCAUGGGAGCCAUCACCUGGUGUUGCAUAUGCUCCUACUGAUAAUCAGAGUGAUAAUUUCUUGCAGAGUACCGCCAGUGUAUUUGAAACCCUUGAAUCUAGUAAAGUCGAUGAGUCACCAACAGCAAAUGUUGAAGGGCUUGUGGAGGAAAAGGAUCGACCAGGCCCAGAGCUUCAGCUUUUCAAGUGGCCAAUGUGGCUUCUCGGCCCUUCCAUUCUCCUUGCGACCGGCAUGGUACCAACAUUAUGGUUACCGAUAUCUUCAAUUUUUCUCGGUCCCAAUAUAGCCAGCCUACUUUCAUUGAUUGGACUUGAUUGCAUCUUCAACCUCGGUGCAACGCUUUUUCUUCUCAUGGCUGAUUCUUGUUCAAGACCUAAGAAUCCAACACAAGAAAUCAAGAGCAAAGCUCCCUUCAGUUACCAGUUCUGGAACAUCGUUGCUACCCUUACCGGAUUUAUCGUCCCGUCAUUGUUGAUGUUUGGAUCUCAGAAGGGCUUUCUCCAACCUCAACUACCUUUCAUCUCAUCUGCAGUUCUGCUAGGUCCUUAUCUUCUUCUUUUGUCAGUACAGAUUUUGACUGAGUUGUUAACUUGGUAUUGGCAAUCACCAGUGUGGCUCGUUACCCCUAUCAUUUACGAGGCGUACCGUAUCUUGCAACUAAUGAGGGGAUUAAAGCUUGGCGCGGAGCUCACGGCACCGGCAUGGAUGAUGCAUACAAUUAGAGGACUGGUUUGCUGGUGGGUGCUGAUUCUCGGUCUGCAGCUCAUGAGGGUUGCUUGGUUUGCUGGUUUAUCUGCUCGAGCUCGUAAGGAUCAAUCGUCUUCUUCUGAGGCUUCUACUGCUAAUGGUAUUGUUGAUUACUAAUUAAUACCUUUGUAAACAAAUUCUGAAAGAGACAGAUUAUAGCAUAAGCACAUAUGGCUUAAAUUUAUUUAUUAUGGUUACUUUCCAUUCCUUCCAUAGACCAUAGUGAUAGAAUGAUAGUGACACACAUCUUAUAGCUAUAUAUACAAGUAAAUUAGAUUCAAGACUUCUCUGUUUAUUACUUCAUUAAUAUUUAUCCCCGUGUUAUCUUUGAAUUGUAAAAGAUGAAUUGGUUGAUCUGUUUUGUAUGUCAACAUGUGAAGAUGGAAGGAUAAUUAUACAGUUGUUCGUUUAUAGAAAAAUUCAAGGAUUUAUUACUUUUGAUAAA